CCUGGUCCGGACGCUAAUGCUGGCCGGACCGGUGAGCUGUUGUCCUUAGAGCGUCUGUAGUUCGACCUGAAACUGUUAUAUCUGGUGUUAAAACCAGUAGAACCUUUAAAAACUGGUGGUUUUAUCCCAGCAGAGACAUGUCUCUGGCGGCUGAUGCCUUCGUGUCGCAGCUAGCAGCUGCAGAGCCGUGGCCGGAAAACGCCACCUUGUACCAGCCGCUGAAGGAGGAUCAGAUUCUGCUGUCAGACUGCGCUUCAUCUCUUGCUGUUCAGGCCUACCUGAGGAUGUGUGGUCUACCUGUGGAGGUGGUUUGCAGAGUGAACGCUGAGUACAUGUCUCCUUCAGGAAAGAUUCCCUUUAUCCAUGUGGGGAACCAGGUGGUGUCGGAGCUGGGGCCGAUUGUUCAGUUCACCAAAGCUAAGGGUCAUUCACUGAGUGAUGGUUUAGACGACGUCCAGAGAGCCGAGAUGAAAGCUUACAUGGAGCUGGUCAACAAUAUGCUGCUGACGGCGGAGCUCUAUGUCCAGUGGUGUGACGACGCUACAGCUGCUGAGAUCUCUCGUCCCAGGUACAGCAGUCCGUACUCGUGGCCUCUCAGUAACAUCCUGGCCUAUCAGAAGCAGUGGGAGGUCCGGAGGAAGAUGAACGCCAUCGGCUGGGGAGGGAAGACACUGGAGCAGGUGUAUGAAGACGUCAGUCAGUGCUGUCAGGCUCUUUCUCAGAGACUUGGAACUCAACCGUACUUUUUCAACAAACAACCUACAGAACUGGACGCUCUGGUCUUCGGUCACCUCUUCACCAUCCUGACCACCAGGCUGACCAGCUCAGAGCUGGCUGAGAGGAUCAAGAGCUACAGCAACCUGCUGUCCUUCUGCAAACGCAUCGAACAGUCCUACUUUUAUGACAAGAGCUCCUGAGGAAGCUCUGCUCGUGUCCUACAUUCUGUCUUCUGUCAUUCCCUGAUGGUGUCCUUCCUGUCCUCGUCCUGUCUUUGAUCGCAUGCUGCAGACGGAGGAGACGCUCCUUUAAAGGAUUCAUUAAAUCAUGGAGAUCAGCUGCUGUAGGAACCACAUAGUUCUGUUAACCAGAAAUCCACCAGAACCCUGAACUCACCAUCAUGUAUUCACUCUGAUGUUCUCCUGGUAGAACAUCUGGAGAUCACAGCUGGACUCCACCCCCAGGUCUGAAGUCUCGCUGGGUUCUUCCUGUCGAGGUUUUAGAACCUCCAGGAGAUGAGAAGAACCCUGAUGGACAGGAAGUUUGUUUCAGCUGCUCCACUUUGUUGUGUUUGUGUGGAUGUGAAGUGCCUCCAAAAUAAAAGACUUCCACUUCA